AGCCGCGGGGAGUCCUGUAUCCUGGAUUGCAGUCGUUCUAGGAAGGAUCCUUUCCUCCUUUUGGGUUUGUGCUGCUGACUCUUUACCACCAAAGACUCCAGAUCCUGGCCUCUGCGACUCCGAGUGACUCUUCUAGAAGAAGACGGGAGGGUUUUGAUUUUGUUUGGGGUGAUUGCUACAUUCAGAUUUUGGGGGUUUAGCCACCUCGUAGACUGUUCUCGAGGACACAGCUACUCCUUCCUUUUUCCAUCUCUUUCCUCUUCUUCCUCCGGCAACAUAUCCAAAUCUGGAUCACUAUGGAGCUGGAGAAUAUUGUGGCCAACACAGUCCUGCUGAAAGCCAGAGAAGGAGGUGGAGGGAAGCGGAAAGGGAGGAGUAAGAAAUGGAAAGAGAUCCUCAGAUUCCCACACAUCAGCCAGUGUGACGACCUCCGGAAAGGCCUGGAAAGGGACUACAGCAGCCUGUGUGACAAGCAGCCCAUCGGCAGGCUGCUCUUCCGCCAGUUCUGUGAGAGGCGGCCGGAGCUGCAGCGCUGCAUCCACUUCCUGGACGCUGUGAUCGAUUACGAGCUCUCUCCGGAUGAGCGGCGCAAGGAGAUGGGCGACGAGAUCAUCCGAAGGUUCUUUAAAAGGGAGUCUUCAGACUACAUGCCGGAAAUCAGCCAGGCCCUCAUGAAGCAGUGCAUGGAGAACCUGGAGAAAAGUGCCUGUAAAGACCUCUUCAGCAGCUGUCUGGCUCCUAUGCACGGGUACCUGAGCGGAGCGCCCUUCGCCGACUAUCGGGACAGCAUGUACUUCGACCGGUUCCUGCAGUGGAAGUACUUGGAGAGGCAGUCGGUGACCAAGGACACCUUCCGGCAGUACCGGAUUCUGGGCAAGGGGGGCUUUGGAGAGGUCUGCGCCUGCCAGGUACGAGCAACAGGCAAGAUGUAUGCCUGCAAGAAGCUGGAGAAGAAGCGGAUCAAGAAGCGGAAAGGGGAGGCCAUGGCCCUGAACGAGAAGCAGAUCCUGGAGAAAGUGAACAGCAGGUUUGUGGUCAGCCUGGCCUAUGCCUACGAGACGAAGGACGCGCUCUGCCUGGUGCUGACCAUCAUGAACGGGGGUGACCUCAAGUUCCACAUCUACAACAUGGGCAACCCCGGCUUUGAGGAUGAACGCGUCGUCUUCUACGCGGCCGAGAUCUGCUGCGGGCUGCAGCACCUGCACCAGGAGGGCAUUGUCUACAGGGAUCUGAAGCCAGAGAACAUCCUGCUGGAUGAUGAUGGACACAUCCGGAUCUCGGACCUGGGGCUGGCCAUUAAGAUUCCGGAGGGUGAGAUGAUCCGCGGCCGCGUCGGGACCGUCGGCUACAUGGCUCCAGAGGUGAUUAACAACGAGCGCUACACCUUCGGCCCGGACUGGUGGGGGCUGGGCUGCCUGAUCUACGAGAUGAUCGAGGGGCAGUCGCCGUUCCGUGCCCGCAAGGAGAGGGUGAAGCGGGAAGAGGUGGAGAAGCGGGUGCAGGAGGAUCAGGAGCUGUACUCCGACAAGUUCACCGAGAACACCCAGGCCAUCUGCAAGAUGCUCCUGACCAAGGACCCGAAGCAGCGACUGGGCUGCGGGGAGGACGGGGCCGCCCAGGUGACCCAGCAUCCAUUCUUCAGGACCAUCAACUUCAAGCGGCUGGAGGCCGGGGUCAUAAAGCCGUCAUUUGUGCCAGAUCCUCGGGCCGUGUACUGCAAGGACGUGCUGGACAUCGAGCAGUUCUCCACCGUCAAGGGCGUCAACCUGGACCAAACGGACAGUGACUUCUACGCCAAAUUCGCCACGGGCAGCGUCUCCAUCCCCUGGCAGAAUGAGAUGAUCGAGACCGAGUGCUUUAAAGACCUGAAUGUGUUUGGACCAAAUGGGUUGCGCUCCCCGGAUCUGGACUGGAAGCAGCUCCCCGAGCCCCCCAAGCGCAGCCUGCUUCAGCGGCUCUUCCGGCGGCAUCCGGCGGACUACACCAUCAGCACCAACACACACUCCAACCUCACAGCGGGCGUGAACUCGCAUCCGCCCACGGCCAACUCCGCCGGCCAAGGCCGGGCCAUGGCGCAGGCGCCUUCCUGACCCCCCUGCUCCCAUGGAGACCCUGCUCCGUUAGAGCCAGCAUGGGCACGCCCGGAGCCCGCCCGUGGAGCUGCCGUCCUUGCCGUCUCAGGGUUACCGUGGAUGUGAAGCUGAGGCUGUUGGCGCCAGAGCUGGGGUGAGGGGCUGUUCCGUCACCCUGCCCUGCUGGGCUGAGUCACUCCUGGAGGCCGAGUGGGAAGAUGCAGCCCCCGCCCAGGACUGCGUGCCAGAUACUCUCACUGCACCUCACCCCAUCCGCCUCGCCUCUGGGUAACCGGAGCCCUCUCAGCCCUGCUCCCGGGGGCCCGUCGCGCUGGCAGGACCUGGCACGGCUGCAUGCCAGGCACAGACUGCUCAAGGGAGCCUGGAUCCAUCUGUGUGUUCACGCGGGAGGGUGGAGUCGGUGUUUGUUGUUGCCAAUAGCUUCCUUGCCGUGAUCACUGGGGUGGCCUCUCCCAGCUGCUCCCGCUGUGUCCCCCCAACGCGGUUCCUGCGGCAAACCCUGCCCUGGGAGGUACUGUCGGCAUUGUGCCCACCCUGCAUCUGUCGGGGAGAGGGGGGCUCCCCCGGUGUUACACCCCUGCCUGUGGGGUCUGGGUGAGAGGAGGGGCGGGGCUCACAGCCCAGGUGGGAGCCCCUAGCUGCUCAGGCUGAAUAGGGGCUGGCCAUAGCCAGCUGGCUGCAGAGACCCGGGGGCAGGUGUGCAGUGUGUAUUGUCACUGCUUGGCUCCUCUCAGUCCCGGCUGCAGGUUGGGAUUGAGGGGCACCAGCAGGGUUGGGGAAGCCCAGGCCGGGGUAGCAAGGAGGCUGUUUGAGUGGAGUAGGACCCAGGGGCCCUUGAAUUUGGGGUCACGAAGGCCAUCAGUCAGUUGCACCCACGCUCCCUUGCUGGAGAGAAUUGGUGAAGGGAGCAAUGACCAAACCCCUUCUCCUCUCACCCUCCCCGCAAACCCAGCACCUCCGGCUUCCCGCACCGCUUCUGUUCUCUAAGCAAGUGUCCCAAAGAGUCAGUCAGUUCCCCUCCGACUCCUGCUCCUGCCCUCGGCCCAGCGGGAGGUCGCUCCUGGUUCUCUCAGCUGCCACCUACCCAGGGUCUAGCAGCCUACGACGAUAGCUCAUAGCCUGGCCCAAAGGGUGAGACUAAGACCCCCUGACCCUGCAUGGGAGAGUCUUGCCAUGGGACUGGCCACGGGCCCCUGGGCUGCCACUUGCCUGGGAGCAAGCCAUGGCAGGGAAGUCGUCUUGGCUUCGGGCUGGAACGCAGGCGGCUGGGAGGUGCUGUGGGCUCAGGUGGGACCUGAGCGCUGUUGCUGAGUGGGGAUGGAGGGGGGGCAAUCUGUUUUCAUAGCACCUGAGCCCCAGAGCUGCUUGUUGUCUCAUGGCGAGCAUUUGUGUGCUGUUAGGGGCCUGGCAGCGUGCAGGGAGCCCGGCACUGGGCCAGACAUGGUUUGUGUUUUUAUCUUUAGGGUCUGUGCUGGCCUUGUGCCUGGGAAUCUGUCACUCUUAACAUAUUUGGUGCUAAAGCAAGAGCUGCUCUCAGCGGAAGAAACUCGGGCUGUAAGCAGGGGAGUGAAGAGUUUUCCAUGGAACCACCCCCUAGCAUGAACUGCUGAAUGCGCACCCAGCAUUCGCUCAGACUUCAGCGUGACUCAGAUGUCUUCAUACAGCCCUGGAUGCCUCUUUGCUCCCCUGCUGAGGCCAGAGUAAAGACCCCCUCUCUUGUCCCACUGGCUGGUGUCCCCACCCCCUAGGGCUGGGUAGGGAAGGAAGCCCCCAGUUCUGCCUGGUGCUAGCGACAUCAUGAGCUGUGACAAGGGAAACGCUUUUCAAUUCCUCUUUAUGUGAAACAAUUCCUUCGUCUCCACCCCCCAGGUCAGUAGUUGCCAAAAGAGCUCCUUUGCAAAGGCUCCUCUCUCGAGAUUGGCCCGUGAGGCUUUGUUGUCCCAAGAGCCGGGGCUGGCAAUAACAGACUCCUGAGCCGUGCCAGAUCUGCCAGGCCGAGAGUGGCAGACUCGUUGCACUUUGUGGCUUUGCCCUGAUUCCAAGUCCAAUGCACAAUCCCCCUUUUGUUCUCCGGCCUCACCGCUCCUUGGGGAACUCGAUGGCGGGAGUGGGCCACAAGGUCCAGAGGGGCACGUAGCCCAGCUCUUCCAGCCCCAGCUGCUGGCUGUUGAGGGAGCUGCACGUUCUGCCCGGCUGCUAGGCUCAUCGGAAUCCAAACAAGAUGCUCCAUGUGGACAAUCUGCCCCAUGGGACUCGUGUCCCAAGGGAGGGGCUCUCUGAUGUGGGGACCAAGGUUAAAGGCAGGCUGUGCCGUGCAGUCCCACUCGAGCUCUCCCUCUCAUCAUGCCUAGAGCAGCGGGUAAAGCUGGCCACCCAGCUGACCCCUGCCAUGGUCCUCUAGGCCUGACCAGAACGCACCUUGAGAGCCGUGCCCCAAAGAUUAGCCAUUUCUGUCUGACUGACACCUGCCCCCUGUGGUAAGAAAGGGUAUUACAGCCUUAUGCUCCUCCCCUUUCUCAGCUGGAGCGUGAGCCAUGCCUGUGGUGACCUCAGCAGGUCCCACAUUCGAAUUACUUCCAGCGUGAGCAUGUCUCCUCUGGGGAGGGGGAAUCUCUGGGAGCACAGCAGGGUGAUGGGGUUCCAGGCCUGGCUGGACUCCUGAUUACUUGGUGGUUGUGCGGGAGGAAUCUUCACCUCUCCAGUCUGGUUUGCACUGGUGGAACUGGGAGCUGAGUCCCUGCUGGUGGCAGCUGCCAUGUAGGCGGGCUGGGGCCCGUCUCUCACCCAGCUUUGAGCCCGGCCCGCACGACAGCUCUCGCCAGCGGGGCUGUGGUGCUGGUGACUUGUGGGUCCCAUCUUUGCCAGUGCGGAUAGAGCUGUCAUUGCUGGUGAAAUGUAGGGUGAUGGCACAGGAGUAAGGCUGCUCCCAGGGAGCAUUGCUGGAGCUAAGCAGUUGGGGUCUGGGUUUGGUCUCUGGAAGUGUCUGUGUCCCAGGCAUUGGCUUGGCUGGACUGGCGUGGAUCUCGCUUUGCCCUGGUCUUGGCAACCUGCUUGGCUAGAAGUGCAAACAGAUCGGGGGAAAACAGUGCAAUGUUGUAGGAGAUUUAGAUGCAUCAAUGGAAGAUGUGUCUAAAUCCUCUAGACUGUUGAACAGCCUCAACCCAAAUUAAAAAAACACUGAUCCCUCUGCACUCAAGUUACCAACAGGAACCGAAACAGAAAAUGGUUGCAAAAAGUUGUAUUCUUGUUUCCUUCAUGCAUUUCGCUCAGCUUGGAGGCAGAAAUUAGGUAGGUUGGUGUCAGUGGGUUUCACUUCCUAGUUCUCCAGAACCAGCCCAAGAUUGCAGAGUGUGGGUUGCAAAUGCUGCAGGAGGAGGUGUAAAACCAGACUAGGUGUAGUUCAUUGACACUUUCAGGCUGCUCCAAACAAUUGUUAAAUUCUGUGAAACACUUCAUUUAGGAAAAAGUAACUCUUGGGCCUAGAUGACAUGACUGUCCCUCUGAAAAAUACAGACUGAUGGCUUUGGUGUAAAUGAACUGGGAAAGAUUGUUUCAGAUGCCAUGUCUCUUAUCCCUGGAGCCUCAGCAGACAUCCUGAAAUAAUCCGUGCUUGGUUUUUUGAAUUCUGUUUUGGGGGCUGGGCAGAGAAAGUUUCUUGAAUAUGAUUGUAUCCUGCUCCAUCUCAUCGGAGAGGAAAGUGUGUUCUGAUACCAUUGAAAACAAGGUGUGUGAGAGAGAAAAUGGGUGUGUUUGUUUAACAGACUGAGAACUGCCUUUUGCUGAAAAGAUGCUCCGUGACCCACGGACCUUGUCCAGAGAGAGACUGUGUGCCGCAUGGACAGUGUCUGUUUCUAUGCAAGGACAGGGUGGUGGUCUCAUGCCAGUUUCUCCAGCGGGCAGCCCUGGGGAUUCCAAACAAGACUGAAUUUCCCCCUUGCAAAAGGACACCUGUAUUUUUGUAUUUUCCUUUCUCUCAGCAUCCAUGGGCUUUGGAUUGGUUUUUUACACUGUAAAUUCCUGGUUCUGGUGUAUUCAGUUUGGUUUUUGUACAUUUGUAAACAUUUGUAAAUACUUAUAUGGUGAGUGCCUGGAUGUACAUUUUAAAGCUAAAAGCAGCAAACCAAGCCAUGUGAUGACUUGUACACUUCCAUGUUUCAGGGAUAUUUUUAUAGGGAAUUUAAAACAAAACAAACCCAACCUCUCAGAGGAAAAAGGGGAUGUCGCUUCACCCCAGUCGAGGAGAAGCCCUCUUACUCCGCUGUAUUUUUGUAGUAAGCUUUUACAACUUUCUAAUUUGUAAUUUAAUUACAGGACUAUAUUUUAGGUUGGUUUUCUUUUUUUCCGCUUCCAUUUUGUAAAGCACUGAAAUUACAUGCGUGGUCAUUUUUAUUUUUUGGAUUGUGCCCUUGUAACUUUCGGAUAUACAGGUAUUUUUGGUUUUCCUGCCCCCCACCAGUAACAAUAUACACACCUUCCCCUAGAAACAUGA